ACCAUCGCGGAGAAGGUGCUUGGCGCGGAUGUGGAGCGGCUCCGCCUAGGUGGGGAGGCGCUGCAGGACGGGCACGUCCUCCUCUGCGACCUGGACCGUCGGCUGCGCGCCGCGGACGACUUCCUCUACGCGCGCUUCGACGGCGCCAUUGAGCCGCCGGCUGGCAGCGCCCCCUCGGCUGCCCAGGACGCGGGGGCGAUGCAGCACCACCUCCCGGACCACGACCCCGAGGAGCCCGAGGUGGACGGAAGCUGUGGGGACUCGGCCUCAGUGGCGGGGACGCCAGACGAUGUCAGUCAGGAGCUCGUGACGAAGCUGCAGAAGAGGCACCCCGACCGCGUGCCCGUGAUCUGCCGGCAGGCGGCCGGGCCAGGCCUGCCCGGCAUCGACAAGAAGCUGCUUGUGCCGCUCAACAUGCCGGGCGCCCGGGACCCCGCCUAG